UGGCCUCUGGCUUCUAGCCACUUCCCUCGUGCUAUGGCCCCGAAACGGCUAUCUGCGCUCCUGCCUCAGUCCAAGAAACCGAAAUCGGCUCCUUCCCCGAAACUGGAGGACAAGUCGGCCUCUCCCGCCCUGCCGAAGGGAGAAAAAGAACAGCAAGAAGCAAUUGAACAUAUUGACGAAGUACAAAAUGAAAUAGACAGACUUAAUGAACAAGCAAGUGAGGAAAUACUAAAAGUAGAACAAAAAUAUAACAAACUCCGCCAACCGUUUUUUCAGAAGAGGUCAGAAUUGAUCGCUAAAAUCCCAAAUUUUUGGGUAACCACAUUUGUCAACCAUCCACAAGUGUCUGCACUGCUUGGGGAGGAAGACGAAGAGGCUCUGCAUUAUUUAACCAGAGUUGAAGUAACAGAAUUUGAAGACAUUAAAUCAGGUUACAGAAUAGAUUUUUAUUUUGAUGAAAAUCCCUACUUCGAAAAUAAAGUUCUCUCCAAAGAAUUUCAUCUGAAUGAGAGUGGUGACCCAUCCUCAAAGUCCACUGAAAUCAAAUGGAAAUCUGGAAAGGAUUUGACAAAACGCUCGAGUCAAACACAGAAUAAGGCCAUCAGGAAGAGACAACACGAAGAGCCAGAGAGCUUCUUUACCUGGUUUACUGACCACUCUGAUGCAGGAGCAGAUGAGCUAGGAGAGGUCAUCAAAGACGACAUUUGGCCAAACCCCUUGCAGUACUAUUUGGUUCCUGAUAUGGACGAUGAAGAGGGAGAAGCAGAAGAUGAUGACGAUGAUGAAGAAGAAGAAGGCUUGGAAGAUAUUGAUGAAGAAGGAGAUGAAGGUGAAGAAGAUGAUGAUGAAGAUGAUGAUGAAGGGGAAGAAGGAGAGGAGGAUGAAGGCGAGGAUGACUAGCACAGAAGACUGAUGGAUUCCGACCCUCUUUUUUAUUUUCUUUUUUUAAAAUUUUCUCCAGUCCCUGGGAGCAAGUUGCAGUCAUUUCCCUCCCGUCCCCAAUCCCUCUUGUGCUCAGUUGCCCUGUUUUUGAGGUCUCGCUUCUCAACACCAUGGUUCUCAAUUUAUUUUGGGGGAAAUGUCUUGAGCAGA